AUGUCAAUCGUCGGGACCGGUUGUCUGUCUUAUUUCUUCUCACGUCAUUCUCGGGGGCCAUUGAAAGCCGCAUCUUUAGCCAUGGCCUUAUUCUUCCAUACCCUAAGGCUUAGUGACUGCGUUCAACCUGUCUAUAGCAUUCAGAAAUUCUUACAGAAAAGAUUUUCUUCCUCCAAACGAUGGCAAGCUCGCCAAUUGAAGGAUCAUUAUACGCGGGAAGCAGCGGUUCAAGGGCUCAAGAGCCGGGCGGCAUUCAAGCUUCUACAGAUAGAUGAAAAAUACCGGGUCUUCAAGAGUGGUCAAACUGUUGUUGAUCUAGGUUACGCCCCAGGAUCAUGGUCCCAGGUACGCGCGACAUCCUCUGUAGCGUUGACGCGAACUCGGCCCGCUGGCAGGGUCCUUGGUGUGGAUAUAAUCCCGAGCCAACCGCCAAAAGGUGUGUCUACUAUCCAAGGCAAUUUCUUGGAUCCCGAGGUUCAGGCGUACGUCCGAGACUUUGUACGCAAUCCUCGAAGGGGCAGACCAUACUCUCAAGGAGCUCUCCAGAAAGUCGAGGACCAUGAUCGUAUGGUAGAGUCUGUCCUCGAGGCGAGCUGCACCGGUGGUGACUUGGGAGAGGAUUACAACGGCGCUGUGGAUGCCCAAAGAACGGUAGAUGUAGUACUAAGUGAUAUGUCCGCCCCCUGGCUUCAAACAACCGGAUUCUGGAAGAGAAGUCUAAGUAAUCCUUACCGCAGGAUGAUGAAUACCAGCGGUGUACCUUUUAAAGAUCAUGCUGGUAGUAUGGACCUUUGCCGUGCUGCUCUGGAGUUCAGCUUUGAAGUUCUCAGGGCUGGUGGGCACUUUGUCUGCAAGUUUUAUCAGGGCGCGGAAGAUAAAAUCCUGGAGAAGCAGCUGAAAGUAUUGUUUGGAAAGGUGCAUAGGCUCAAGCCAGAAUCAUCACGCAGUGUAUGGAUUUGCUUGCUAACCAGUGGGCAAUAUGUGGUGGUUUGA